CAUGAGGCUCGGCGGUUACUUGGUGCUGGUGGUUUUGGUCCUCCUCGGGGCGCUGGCAGUGCACGCAGCUGUCGUCGGAGUUCCUUAUAAAGGUCAAGAAGCAGACAAAGGCCAUGGUCUGGUCAAAGAACAAGCUGUAUUCGGAGGUCAACAUCCAGCCAAAGGGAAGGGUCCGGCCAAACCCCAGGGGCCACACAAAAUCGGCACCAAGCCGGGCACCUGCCCCAAGACCCUGAUCAAGUGCGCCAUGAUGAACCCCCCAAACGCCUGCCUGCGGGACUCCGAGUGCCGGGGCCACAAGAAGUGCUGCGAGGGCUCCUGCGGGAAGACGUGUAUGACUCCCCACUGACCUGAGAACCGAGCGGAGGAAGAGGUGGAGCCUGUCCUCGCUGCACCUGCCGAGUCCCCAGGGCUGCCGCCCUUGGUCCCCACAGCACACGCCUUUCCCACACUGCUCACUCUUCCUCUGGUUGAGCACGCCCAAGCCUGGGGCUGCUUCUCCCAGUGACUUUCUAA